UCUGCUCUCCCACUUUCCCUCUCAAGAAGGAAGAGCAACGGCGGCCAUCUUUCUUUUACAGAGCGAAGUCUGUAGGACACGAUGAGUUCGCUAAAGCUGCAAAAGAGGCUAGCAGCCUCUGUUAUGCGAUGUGGAAAGAAGAAGGUGUGGUUGGAUCCUAAUGAAAUCAAUGAAAUCGCAAAUACAAAUUCUCGACAAAACAUCAGAAAAUUAAUCAAAGAUGGUCUUAUCAUCAAGAAACCUGUGGCUGUACACUCGAGAGCUCGCGUUCGCAAGAAUACCGAGGCCAGACGCAAGGGUCGUCAUUGCGGAUUUGGUAAAAGGAAGGGUACUGCAAAUGCACGUACACCUCGAAAGGAUCUUUGGAUUCAAAGAAUGCGAGUACUUCGACGUCUUUUAAAGAAAUAUCGCGAGACGAAGAAGAUAGAUAGACAUUUGUACCACUCAUUAUACAUGAAGGCUAAAGGUAAUGUGUUUAAAAACAAGCGAGUGUUGAUGGAGUUCAUCCAUAAGAAGAAGGCGGAAAAGGCUCGCGCCGAGAUGUUGUCUGACCAGGCUGAAGCCAGGCGCACAAAAGUUAGGGAGGCACGCAAACGUCGUGCAGAGCGCAUUGCCUCGAAAAAACAAGAACUUCUGCAAUCAUACCAGCGCGAAGAUGAUGCUGCGGCAGCAGCUGCAGCUGCACAAAAGAAAUAAUUUGUGUGCUAAAACAUCUUAUAAUUAUUAUAUAUAUAAAUAAAAUGAAAAAGAAUAUA